AACGAUCCUUUCCAGGAUGCCGAAACCAUUUCGAGAUCUACUCGUGUUAGCAUUGAUAAUGACGACGUCAUGUCUCAACGUGACAGAGGACGACACUACGACAACGUCAACGGAAACGUUCAGCUCGGCGAUGAAAUCGAGCACUCUCGACACAACGACAACAACGACGAGGACGAUGACGACGACAAUCGCCACUGUAGCAUCAACAUCGUCAACGACUGUGAUAGCGCAGGACGAUAGCGUCUCAAAAAAUCAUUCUAACGUAUCGUCACCGUCUUCUCCUGACGUCGCGGUUUGGGAGUGCCCAAAUAUCACAAAACCGGGCGUGGAAUGUUCCUGCGACUUUCCUCACACGCUCAGGUGCACCGGUGAUAGAACGGCGCUGCAGGCCAUUAGCGAACAUCUGAAAUGUAGCCGACCGGACACGAUAUCGUUACUAGACCUAACCGUAACAGGAAUCUCUGUGUUGCCGGCGCGCUUCCUCGAAGAUGUUGCUCUUCAUGGACUGGUAGUCUCUACUGGCGAGCUGAAACGCGUCCACGAGAACGCGUUUACCGCAUUGGCGCGACCGUUGCAAGCACUCGGACUACCCAACAAUCUUCUGGAUUCAGUUCCCACGGCCGCACUGUCGCACCUCGUCGGUCUGGAUCGAUUAGAUUUGUCGCACAACAAGUUGAAGACUUUAGAAGCUGAUUCAUUUACGGGAUUAUUGAGCCUGACUUAUCUGGAUCUGUGCGACAAUCUGCUGUCGCAGUUAUCGCCGCAAGUCUUCCUGGCUUUACCGGAAUUGCGCUCGCUAAGGAUGCGCGGAAAUCGCCUGAGCGUUUCCGCCCUCUCCGCGCUGAGAGGUCUGAUACGCUUGGAGGAACUGGACCUAUCGAAUAAUUUGCUGUUGGGUCCGAUGGGUCCGAAUCUGUUGCCGCAAAUGCCCAGAUUGCACUUCCUCACUGUGUCGGAGAACGGACUCAUCAAUGUCCAACAAGGAGCUCUUAUGGGUCUUAGGAAUCUCACGUAUCUGAGUUUAAGUCACAAUCAGAUCGACGUAUUAGAAGACCACUCGUUCAAGUAUCUGUCGACUCUAACGCGACUGAACCUGGCGAAUAAUCGCAUCGUCGCCGUGUCCAGCGCCUCCCUGGCGCACCUGGAGAAGCUGACCACCCUGGACCUGACGCACAAUUUUCUGCGAUCGUUGACGGCCGACCUGGUGGUGCCGUUGACGAGUUUACAAGACUUGCGGCUGGACGACAACGACAUCACGAUGGUGGCGAAUGAUGUGCCGACGUCGAAGUUGCGCCUGAAACGGCUCUCCCUCGCCGACAAUCCGCUCAACUGCGACUGUACCCUACUGGAGUUCGCCAAUUGGCUGACAAACUCCAGCUUGUUGGAGGAGGACAAGUCGUCGGCGGUGUGCGCCACACCGCCCGCUCUGGAGAACGGUAUUCUCACGCAAGUUCCGCCGGGCAGUCUGCUCUGCGGCGAGCCAACGCCGCCCAUGACCCGGGUGCCGUUGGCAGGCGCACAGCUGACCCUCAAGAAGUUCGAUUACGACGAGUCGACCGGCAUCAAUCUGCUCUGGCACGUGGAGCAAUGCGUCGAGCAGUACACCUGCGACUCGCUGAUCGUCUACGAGACGAUCGGCGACAGUGAGAUUCAGACGGAAUCCAGCCCGCUCCACUGCGACUCCCGGAUGAUGCGAGACCCCUGCACCUUGCCAAUCACCAUACCGGCCUCGCUGCACCUGCAGCUAGGCCACAAGUACCGCUACUGCGUGGUUCUGCUGGUGCCCACCGUCUACGACGACGUGUCUCUCGGCCUGGGCUGCAGCGACGUCAUCGUCCUGCAGAAGACUCAGCGGCAGGAGCAGCAGUACGUGAGGGAAGCAGACUUGCAUCCAGCGGUGUCCACGCAACCACCCGACAGCUCCUACUCGCGGAUCACCAGGAUCCACGUGAACGUGUCGGACAAGGGCUACCUGCACGUCGACGUGGUUCUCUCUAGACUGAAAGAAACGAGCUCCUGCCAACUCUCCGUCGUCGUGUUCAACGCGGUCUCCACGGUGCAUCGCGAGAGAUUCAACUGCAGUUCCGCGUUCGUCACCGACGUGGAGGUGUCGUUGCCGGGUUACUACAGGGUGUGCGCUAGCCUGGACGAGCUCACCGACGUCGUCGUCGCCGCUGGUGACCUGGUGGACGACCGCGAAAGGUUCCGCUGUGUCGAGGUGAUUGAGCAAGGCUACAGGAGGCAGAACGCCGAAGCGUUGAUCGUGAUAGCUGUGAUCGCCGCUACCGGUAUCGUUCUCAUCACUCUUGCCAUACUCGGUAGAAGCCUUGCCAGGCGGCUGCGGCAUCCCAGAAUACAGGCGCAGUGCUUCCUGCCGGCUCAAGAAUUUGAAAUUACUCACAAAGCGCACUACAUCAAGCUCCUGGCAACGACGAAGGUUUAACGAAUCAGCGUUAAUAAUGAAUUUAAUAUUGCUCUCAAAAUCCAAGUUUUGAGAAUUCAAGAAUGGGAAUGUAACAAAACUCGCACCUUUUUCUUUCUGAUUUUUUUUUAGUGGAAUUAGGCUUGUAAUCUUAUUUUAUUUUUUAUUUUGUAUCUUUUAUG